AUGACGCUAUUUGAUUGUAAAGAUCUAGGUGCUCUCCAAACGGAGGCCCUGAACGUACUAGCACCCUCCAGCGACGCCCUCGACACUCUUGGGCUUUGCAAAGCCUUCAACUCGGAAGAAGCUAAAGUCUCACCCGCAGUUGCGUGCUGCUUGCCAGAAAUUGCAUCAUUGAUUGAAGCUCUUGUUCCCCGUCUGCGCGCGAGUGGUCGGGUCAUCUAUGUUGGAGCGGGCAACAGUGGCCGGUUAGGGUUUAUGGACUGCAGCGAACUGCCGGUGACAUUUUCCACGGACGAAGGCCAGUUCCACGCCAUUGUGGCUGGCGGAGAACAAGCAAUUCUCAAAGCGAAAGAGGGAGCUGAGGAUUCCGAGCAAGAUGGUUCAUCCCAGCUGGAGUCUCUCCGGGUCUCUGCUAAAGAUACCGUCGUGGGCAUCUCGGCUUCUGGACGGACCCCAUUUAUACACGGGGCGCUCAAGGUGGCUAUCAAGCACGGCGCAUUGACAGCCGUUAUAAAAAACACAUCACCAUGUGUUAUAGGGGCGUUGGGUGUCAACCACAUUAUCGCCGCUUUGGUUGGACCGGAAUUCAUCGCUGGGAGUACUCGGCUCAAAGCUGGAAGUGCAGCAAAGCAAAUCCUGAACAUGAUCAGUACCUGCGCAAUGGUGAAGUUAGGCAAAACACAUAUGGGCCUUAUGAUUGACGUACGGGCGAAAAAUCAUAAAUUGCAAGCGCGUGGCCGGCGGAUUAUCCAACAGGUUUGCGAGGGACGCCCCAUGUAUAUCCUUGAUAGGAGUGGCCAGCCACGACCCCGCCCCUUGAGAUUCGCCGAUGCCUCUCAAGACGAUGCCGCUCUGGAUAUCUUGAUCACUCAGUGUGGAGGAAGUGUCAAGCUAGCAUGUGCAGUGGCUGUAUCCGGUCUUGCACCAGCUCAUGCCAGGCACACACUCGAUCAAGUGGACGGAAAUUUCCGUUUAUUUGUUGAGAGCCUCCAAUACCCGACGCCUCAACCCGACAAGGAGUGUGCGGUGGAUGAAGAGAUCUUUCUGUCAAUUGAUGGAGGAGGAACUAAAUGCGCUGUUUCCAUUGCGACACGCUCCAAAGUCAUAGCACAAGGGCGGGCUGGGCCUUGUAACUUUCAUAGUGUGCCAUUGGACGAUCUCUUGGGUCAAAUCAAAAUAGCCACUCUCCAAGCAGUCUCUCGCUUGUCUCCAAAAUACGGCCAUUCAGAUCCUCAAAUGCCCAAGUUUGCCGCUGUAUGGGCCGGGCUAGCUGGGCUGCACCAUGCACAUCAACGGAAAGCGUUAUCCGACGGGCUCGAGAAACUAUUGAAUCUUUCUGCACAAAAGGAAGUCCUCCGUCUGACAAGUGAUAGCGCCCUUCUCAGCGCAUGCAUUGGCAUCGAUGAUUCCGUUGAUGGUGGCAUUGCCGUCAUUUCAGGCACAGGAUCUGUCGCGACGGCAUUCAGGAAAAAUUCAAGAGGGGAAAUAGUCCAAAUCGGGAGAGCUGGGGGCUGGGGUCCUCUUCUCGGAGAUCAAGGAAGCGCUUUCGACAUCGGCAAACAGGCUCUGCAGGCACUGUUGACCAGCGUGGAAAUGAGCCAGGGUACAGAGAGACACUUGACAGAAUUGGAGUCUGAGAUUCUGGCAAAGGUCGGCCAUGCCAAAGGCGAGUUACUUUCCGGCAUUCUCUUUUCAGACUUGCAGCCCAAGCACUAUAUCAGUGACCUCGCACAAGUUGUCACAAAGCUGGGGUUCCGACAGAAUUCAGAUCCACAGGCACUUGAGAUUCUUACCUCUGCUGCCAGGUCAGUGGUGCAGCUCAUCAAACCGCUUGCUCAGAAGCCUAUUUGUGACCCUAGUGUUAGCUGUCUCAUCUUCUCGGGGGCUCUGAUGAACUUGUCCGAUUUUCAGGCUCUUGUCAUGGGUGAGAUGGCGCAAGAGCAAUUUUCGCCAUUUAAGAAGCUUGUUGUUAUUGAUAAUGCGUCCGAUUGUGCAGCUCAAUAUUUGGCACAGCGUGCUCAAGGCUAA